CUGCUCAUUAGCACAUUCCCAACGGUAGUCAGUAAACCGGAAGUUGUCUAGUUUAGCUCAUUUGCAUGAGAGACAAGAAGACAACAACGGAAAAUGAGAGACAGACUAUGACAAAGGAAUGAAUAUGAAUUCCACACAAAGAUAUGGCUAGUAACGAGCCUAGAAGACAUGUCCAAAAGAUCAGAUUAACAGUGCUGUGUGCAAAGAAUUUGGCAAAGAAAGACUUUUUCCGUCUUCCUGAUCCAUUUUCCAAGAUAAGUGUUGAUGGGUCUGGACAAUGUCAUUCAACAGAUACAUGUAAAAACUCACUAGAUCCAAAAUGGAACCAGCAUUAUGACUUAUAUGUAGGUCCAAAAGACUCCAUAACAAUCAGUGUAUGGAACCACAAAAAAAUCCACAAGAAACAGGGGGCGGGCUUCCUGGGGUGUGUCCAAAUAAAGUCUAACGCUAUCCAGCAGCUAAAAGAUACAGGUUUUCAAAGGUUGGACCUGCAGAGAAACAACGCUGAUGAUAGCGACAAUGUCAGGGGACAGAUUGUCAUCAGUCUCAUUUCGCGGGAUCGGGGAGGAUCGGGAUCAGGGCCUGUGAACACUGAUGCCCCUGCUCUGAUCCCACAGGAUCCCAAUGAACUCCCAGAAGGGUGGGAAGAGCGGCAGACUGCCAGUGGAAGGGUCCACUAUGUCAACCACAUAACCAGGACUACACAGUGGGAAAGGCCCACAAGGCCUGCGACUGAGUCAGUCAGGACCAGUAACUCCAGUAACAGUCUACAGAGUGUGAAUCCUCCCAGUAGUCGAUCCAACAACCGAGCCCCUCCCAACAACAACAACAACAACAACAACAGUAUCAACAACAACGAGGACAAUGACUGCUCCAGUAUCCCACCGUUACCACGGAGACGAUCCACCAGACAUCGCAAUUAUCUCAAUCGCUCUCAGCUUCACAAUGCAAUAGAAUUACCUGAUGGUUAUGAACAAAGAACCACUCAGCAAGGACAAGUCUACUUUUUACACACCAGAACUGGUGUCAGUACAUGGCAUGAUCCCAGAGUCCCAAGGGAUCUGUCCGGAUCAGAAAUCCAGGAUGAGGAGUUAGGGAAUCUGCCUGUGGGGUGGGAGGUUCGCCACACGGGCAGUGGGAGGGUCUACUUCGUGGACCACAAUAACAGAACCACCCAGUUCACAGACCCCCGACUCUCCGCAAACAUCCGCAGACUUCAGACUCGAACGAUAGAGGAGAGUGCACCACCUGUCACUUCAAGAAGAAUCAUUGACAAAGAGAAUGAUUCUCCAGUCCCAAAAUACAAAAGAGAUUUGGUGCAGAAGCUUAAGAUCCUCAAACUUGAGUUACAGAACCUCCAGCCCCAAGGGGGCCACUGCAGAAUGGAGGUGUCCAGGGAGGAAAUAUUUGAGGAUUCCUACAGAACUGUGAUGAAAUUACGAGCCAAAGACCUCAGAAAGAGACUAAUGGUGAAAUUCAAACGAGAGGAGGGACUGGAUUAUGGAGGCGUGGCCAGGGAGUGGCUGUACCUGUUGUCCCAUGAGAUGCUGAACCCUUACUACGGUCUCUUCCAGUACGCUAGAGAUGAUAUUUAUACACUGCAGAUCAAUGCAGACUCGGGAGUCAAUCCUGAACACUUGUCCUAUUUCCAUUUUGUGGGACGAAUCAUUGGUAUAGCAAUAUUCCAUGGUCAUUAUUUGGAUGGGGGCUUCACUUUGCCAUUCUACAAACAGCUACUUGCCAAACCUGUGACUCUGAAUGAUCUAGAGGACGUAGACCCAGAACUCCAUAGGAGUCUGGUCUGGUUACUCGAGAACAACAUAGAGGCAGUGCUAGAUCACACAUUUUCUGUGGAACACAAUUCUUUCGGUAAGGUACAGGAGUAUGAACUGAAGCCUGGCGGAAGACAUGUGGAAGUCACAGAGGAAAACAAAUCAGAAUACGUCAAAUUAUAUGUACAAUGGAGGUUCAUGAGGGGAAUUGAAGCUCAAUUUUUAGCCUUACAAAAAGGUUUUAAUGAAAUAAUUCCUCAACAUUUAUUAAAGCCUUUUGAUGAGAGGGAACUGGAGUUAAUGAUUGGUGGACUUGGAAAGAUUGAUUUGAAUGACUGGAAGGCUCACACGAGGUUAAAACACUGCACAGCAGAGAGUAACAUUGUCAAAUGGUUCUGGCGGUCAGUGGACGAGUUUGACGAUGAGAUGCGGGCCAGGUUACUUCAGUUCGUGACAGGAAGUUCUCGUGUUCCAUUACAAGGCUUUAAAGCCUUACAAGGUUCAACUGGAAAUGCAGGUCCAAGACUGUUCACUAUUCAUCAAGUAGAUGCCAACACUGACAAUCUUCCAAAGGCACACACAUGUUUCAACAGAAUAGACAUACCACCUUAUGAGAAUUAUGAGAAACUGUAUUCUAAGUUAUCUUGUGCAGUAGAGGAGACCUGUGGUUUCGCUGUAGAGUGAUAAAAAUUAUGUGACCUUUAGCUGACCUUCAGGUGGGAAAAUUGUGUGACCUUCAGCUGACAUUCAGGUGGAUUAAAUUGUGUGACCUUUAGCUGACCUUCAGUUGGAUCAAUAUCUGGUGCUGCAUUAUGCGUUGUGAUGGAUCAAACUGACUCAAGUUCAUAGUGUUAUUUAGUUCAAUUUAUGUUGAGUUGAUGUAUUCCUGGUAUCUGUUAUAUUUAAUCAAAUGUAUAUUUUUUUUAGUUUUGUAUGUGUGAAGAUAAUUAUGAUCUCCCAUAGACUUGGUUAUACAAAUCAAAUAUAAAAGAAAAUAUGUCAGCAGUAUUUCAGUUCAGUAUGUAAUUUUGUAUGGAAAUGAAAUAGAUGCACAUUUUUUUAAUUUUACAUGGGGGCCAUUGCAGUAUGAUUUGUACCAGAUAUGAUUGAUUGAUUGAACACAUAGCUUUCUUUUAACAUAAAAAAGGUCAGAAAUCUUCAUUCAUUGAAUUCAUACUAGUCAGACCAUAUUCUUUCCAGAAUCAGUUUACCAAAUGUCCCAAAAAAUUAUAUUUGUAAAAUAUACAACUUUAAUUAUAUGUGUAUAUACUCCCUCAUCUUCAGUUUGUACAGUGUUCAUAGUAUUAUGCACACAUUUCUGAUUUUACUCAUUAAGAAUAAUCUACAUGUACAGAACUUACAUUUGUUGUCACGUCUGGAAACUGUAUCAUACAAACGACUCUGUUCCUGACAGCAAAAUUAAAAGAAAAGUGUGGCAAAUAUGAAAGUUAUACAGUUUUAUUUUGAUAGUGUAUGAUAGUUAAUUUGUGUAAUUGGAAUUGGAACUUACACAUAAUUUUAUAUUGUGAUUGAAAAGCCCAACAUGACAUGAUUUUAAGAAUUUUAUUAUGUAUGUAUUGUUCAAUUUUGCAUGCUGAAGAAAUAGAAACUGUAUUAGAAUGCAGGUUGUGAAAAAGUGUCAAGUGGAAAUUGCAUCAAAAAUGGAUUUAAAUAAAAAAAAUAUAUUAUUAGUACAUCUGUCUGCAAACUAGUUGGUGUAUACAGCAACUCUGAAGUGGUUGUGAAUCUAUCAUCUCAAGAAGUCUUUUUUAUUUUUAAACUUGUUUGAAAAAGAUUGAUAAAAACACUUAUAGAGCAUUUAUAAUUUAAAACAGUGAACAAAAAGAAAAAAAAAAAUAAGCAGGCAGUUUCUUGAAAGGAAAGGGGAGGGUUGAUAUGCUAUGUACCGUCCACAGUUAUUCAUCUAAAUUUUUAAAGCUUAUAAUUGUAAAUUUAUCUCCACAUUAUUUGAAAUAAAACUGUGAUAGAGGCACUUGUAUUCAAAGAAAAAUUUUUCCAGAAAACUUAAAACUGCCAUAUUAUUUCAUGUUUCACUUGAACUGUUUUUGAAUGGGUAUUUUUCUACACAGGAGCAACGUUUCUAACAAUCAUUUUAUACAUCAGUGCUAUUUUUU